UGAGCAGUAGUGGAGGAGUGUCUGUUCCAGAGUUCAGUUUGCACUCAGCAGCUCUCCGUCCAGCAGUCUGUCUCUCCGUCUGUCUCUCUGUCUCUCAGAAUGGACCAGUUUCAUUAUGGAUUAUUGAUUAUUUUGUUUCUGCUGCAGAUGGACUGUUUACCCUCCGUUUACAUCACUGACAACUCAGAUUCUCUCCAUCAGGUUCUGUCAGAGUUUGCUGUCGUUCGUCCAAUCAGAACCGACUCCAUGGGCCGUUUCCUGCCAGCGUCCGUUUCCGGCCGCAGCAGAAGACACGCCCCCUCCCCAGAGGCCCCGCCCCCUGUCAGCGGGAGGGGGGGGGGCUCGGUGUUCUACAACGUGACCGUGUUCGGCCGGAGGCUGCAGCUGCGUCUGCGUCCCAACGCCCGCCUCAUCGCCCCCGCUGCCUCCGUGGAAUGGUGGGAGGAGUCAGGGCGCAAACGCUCGCAGCCAAUCACAGACACCGGCUGCUUCUACAGCGGAGAGGUGGCCGACAUGGAGGACACGGCCGUCGCCGUUAGCAACUGUGACGGACUGGCCGGGAUGAUCCGGACGGGUCAGGAGGAGUUCUUCAUCGAGCCGUUGGAUCGCCGGAGGACAGGAAGAGAAGAAGAGGAAGAGGAAGAAGAGGAAGAAGGAGGAGGAAGACAGCACAUCGUUUAUCGCUCCUCAGCCAUCAUUAACAAACACUCGGCCAAUCAAACAGCAGCUGACUUCCUGCCAGGUCCUCUGUUAGGGUCUCUGAACUUGACCCAGAAGGUGUCGGGGUCCAGAUCCAGAUCAGCUCGCCCCCGGCGCUACGUGGAAGAGGCUGAACUCUUAAACAUUGAGGUUCUGUUAGCUGUGGAUUACUCUGUUCUUCUGUUCCACGGCCGAGACCACAUUCAGAAAUACCUUCUGACGCUCAUGAACAUAGUAAACGAGAUCUAUCAGGAUCAUUCUCUGGGCGCCAACAUCAACGUUGUUCUGGUCAAAAUCAUCAUGUUGUCUCCAUCCAAGUCCCAGGAGCUGAUCUCUGUGGGGAACGCCCAGAAGAGUUUGGAGAACGUCUGUGGAUGGUCGUACCUGCAGCAGAGAGACCAGAGUCACGCCGAGCAGCACGACCACGCCAUCUACCUCACCAGGCAGGAGUUCGGGCCCUCCGGCAUGCAGGGUUACGCUCCAGUUACAGGAAUGUGUCACUUGCAUCGGAGUUGCGUCCUCGUCUUUGAAGACGGGUUUUCCUCGGCCUUCGUAGCGGCUCAUGAAACAGGACACGUGUUAGGGAUGGAGCAUGACGGCGAGGCUAACGACUGUGAAGACGACGUGCCGUUGGGCAGCAUCAUGUCUCCGAGGGUCCAGGCGACCUUCCACAGAUACCACUGGUCCCGCUGCAGCUGGACCGAGCUGCACAAGUACCUGCAUAAAUACGACUGUCUCCGUGACGACCCGUUCCACCACGAUUGGCCGGCUCAGCCUCCGUUGCCGGGGUUUCACUACUCUAUGGACCAACAGUGUCGCUUCGACUUCGGACCAGGAUACACCCUCUGUACUGCAUAUGCGAGCAUCGACCCCUGCAGGCAGCUGUGGUGCAGUGAGUACAGCAACCCCUUCUACUGUAAGACCAAGAAAGGCCCGCCGCUGGACGGGACCAAGUGUGGACCAGGGAAGCACUGCUUCAAAGGUCUCUGCAUGAAGCUGACCCCCAACCUGCUGAGACAAGAUGGCGGCUGGGGGGCGUGGAGCGCGUGGGGCGCCUGCUCACGGACCUGCGGGGGCGGCGUCCAGUUCCGGUCCCGGCGCUGCGACAGCCCAGCUCCAGCCAACGGGGGGCGCACCUGCUUCGGAAACAGCUACGAGUUCACGCUGUGUAGCCGGGACGAAUGUCCUCCACUCACUGACUUCAGAGAGGAUCAGUGUAAAGUCUGGAAUCCAUUUUUCGAACAUGAAGGAAAAAAACAUCACUGGCUGCCGUACCAACACCCUGACCCUGACGAGCGCUGCCUUCUCUACUGUCAGUCCAAGGAGACGGGCGCCGUGGCGUCCAUGGACAGAAUGGUGCAUGAUGGGACGCCGUGUUCCUACGCAGACGCCCACAGCGUCUGUGUCCGGGGAGAGUGUGAGCAUGUAGGCUGUGACGGCCAGAUUGCGUCCGACCAGCAGGAGGACAGAUGUGGAGUCUGUGGAGGAGAUAACUCCAGCUGUAAGAUCGUUAAAGGAAACUUCACCCGCAGCACCAAGAAACAAGGUUACCUUAAGAUCCUGGAGAUCCCCAAAGGAGCGCGACAUCUUCUGGUCCAGGAGUUCAGAGAGACACCUCACAUCCUGGCAAUGACCAACCUGGAGACGGGUCACGUCUUCCUCAACGAUGAAGAUGAGCUCCCGGAAUCCCGUGUGGUGAUCGAGAAAGGUGUGGCAUGGGAGUACAGCAACAGCGAGGAGGCGGAGUCUAUCCAGACCAGCGGGCCGCUGCAGUACGGAGUCCUGCUCAUGGUCCGUUCCCAUGGCGACAACAAGGUGACGGUGUCCUAUAAGUACGUGAUCCAGGACAGUCUGCGGUCGUCGCUGGAGUCCAACCUGCUGCAGGAGGACGCCGUCUUCUACGAGUGGGCGCUAAAGAAGUGGUCGGUCUGCUCCAAGCCCUGCGGAGGAGGUACGCUGCUAGGGAAACAGUACACAAGGUUCGGCUGCAGGAGGAAGGCCGACGGGAAAAUGGUUCCGAGGACGUUCUGCUCCAACAUCAACAAGCCGAGAGCCAUCAGCCGCAGCUGCAACACAGACGCCUGCAGCUCGCCACGCUGGGUGAGCGGGCAGUGGGAGGACUGCAGCGCCUCCUGUGGUCAGACGGGGUGGCAGCGCCGCUGGGUCAGCUGCCAGCAGGCGUCUGGCACGGGACAGUCCAGCACGGGACAGUCCAGCACGGACCAGCAGGCAUCCGGCGCUGACCAGCAGGCGUCCGGCGCUGACCAGCAGGCGUCCAGUACAGGACAGCAGACACGCUCAGUUAACAGCAAACUGUGUGGAGGCAAUCGACCGGAAGGGAAACGAACCUGCAACCGUUUCCCCUGCCCCGCUGCCUGGCGGGCUGGACCCUGGACGCCGUGUUCGGUGUCCUGUGGAAACGGGACUCAGGAGCGCCAGGUUGCGUGUUUGAGUCCCGAAGGUUCAGCACGAAACUGCAGCGACCCUCGACCAAUCACAACCCGCGCCUGCCAGCCCCCUCCCUGCAGCGGUGACCAGAGGAACUCCAUCAUCCAGUGGUUGUCUCGUUCUAACUCUGACUUCCCGGCUCCCAACAUCUCCUCCAGGCAGCGUUGCCGCGGUGACCGCUCUGUGUUUUGCCGGAUGGAGGUGUUGACUCGGUACUGCUCCAUCGCCGGAUACCGUCAGAUGUGCUGCAAGUCCUGUAGCCAUGGAAACCUCAGCAGCAGCAUCCCGCCCAGCGCCAACAGCAGUUCCUGGAGUGUAACCAUGGAGACGAUGACUUCAGCAUCCUACAUCAGCACGCCAUCGCCCAGCAUCACCGUAGCUCCGCCCCCCAGCAUGACUGGAGCUCCGCCCCCCAGUUUCACCAUGACUCCGCCCCCCAGCAUCACCGUGACUCCGCCCCUGACCAGCCGGAGCAACACCGACUUUGUGUACGUGGAGUACGAGGAUUACGGCGACAUUUCAUCCUUCGAGGAUCCAUCUGUUCCCUCAGACACUCCUCAUAUCAGUAAUACUUCUAGUACUACCAGUCUGAGAGAAACUGCUUCGAAAACUCCCAUUCCCACAAUGCAUCCUGCUACAGUUCCCAUGGUAACUGCUGAGGAUCAGAGUCCCAGGACGUCUGCCGUCCCAGAGUUCCCCACGACGACCACGACUUCUACAACUACAAAACGUACAAGAAAAACUGCUCCGCCACAUUUAUUCAAAAAGAAAACUCCAGCUCCCACAAUGCCUGUUUUCAUAGUAACCGCUGUAACGACUGCUGUGCCAGAGUUCCCCACAACGACCACUUCUACAACUACAAAACGUACAAGAAAAACUGCUCCGCCACAUUUAUUCAAAAGGAAAACUCCAACUCCCACAAUGCAUCCUGCUACAGUUCCCGUAGUUAUGAGGACGUCCGCUAUUCCAGCAAUCUUUAACGCCACGUCUUCCCCGAACACGGCACCAGGGGGGCGGGGCCUGGAGACUGACCAGGUGCUCUCUAAGCGGGAGAACAACUCUGUUGACGAGGUCCCGUACCGCAUCGUGGGAUUGGACGGCGGCGGCAGCGGCCAGGGACAGCAGAACUACUUUGUGCCUCGGCGCACCCCGCCGCUCCGCGAGCGAACACAAAACAAACGCAUCCAGCAGCUUCUGAACGAGAAGCGGCGCAGAGAGGGCAGGACGCACGCUGCACGUACGUGAACAUAUACAGCGCUCACUCGUUAUGACGCAUGUGCAGCUUGCUCGCUUCCUGCCGACGCUAACGAGCUCUUAACGAGGAACAGACUGCAACCCCCCCUGCCCCCAUGUUUCCCCA